AAGCUAUUUCUCAUCUGUCACAAACUCUCGACUUGAGAUGGACUGGACGUGUUUUUGUGAGCUGCUCAUAUGCAUUUCAUAUGUUAGUUCAACAAAAUUACAUUAUGAUGCACGAGUGACGGUGAAAAAUGAAGGUAUAACCAGGUUUUCUUUUGAAAACAACAAUAAUAUUAAUUUGGUGAAGCUCGUCACCUCUGGAAACAAAAUCAUAUGGGUCGGAGGAAACAAGGGCCUCUAUUCAAUCGUCCCAACACAAGCCUCCAGACCCCAUCAGGUGAAUGUGACUCUUUGUAAGAAUGAAAGCAAAGAUUCAGACACUUCUCACUGUUCAUACAGGAUCUCUCUGCUCAGAGAGGGUGUUGAUAGAAAUCUCCUGUUCAUCUGUAGAUCGCAUGAUGGAAAUACGGAGUGCUGUAACUUGAACUCCAGCUAUUCUCAGAUCGACUGCUUCAUGUCAGAAAAUUAUGAGCCAGAUAUUAAUGAGCCGUCAUUACUUGUUGAUAAUAUGCUGUACUUUACCAAAUCUGGGAAGGGAUUGUACAAGAUAAACAAGGACGACAAAAACGACAACAUUUGGCCUCAGUCAAAUGAAGCGGAGCAAACGUACUUGAAGCUGAUCGCUGGUAAAGGCCAACACCGGGACAAAGUUUAUUCCUUCUUCGCAGAGAAACGCAAAAGUAGAGACGGUGAAUCUGAGCAGUGGAUUCCAAGAGUCUCUCAGAGCUGCAUGAACGACAGAGGCGGCUCAAAGAGUCAUCUUCAGAGCAGCUGGACAUCCAUGAUUUUCACCCGUCUGUUCUGUGGCAGAGGAUAUGAAUUCACUCAGAUGAUAGAUGUGGCCACGCUGGAAACGGACGGCGACACCAAAAUUUAUGCGCUUUUCAGAAACUAUUGGAACAUGAGUGCUGUGUGUGUUUAUAACACGACUGGAAUCAGCACCAUCUUCACAUCCUCUCAGUUCAACUCCACAAAGGUUCCUGCGAAUCACCGGCCUGGAACGUGUGUUAGAGACAGUACUCGUCUAAGUAGUGAAGUGCUGGCGUUUAUGAGGGACCGUCCAGAGAUGAAGGACUGGGUGAUGCCAGAGAACGGUCCCAUGCUGUUUCGACACCAACAUUACACUCACAUCCAGGUGGACCGAGUACGAGGCCACACGGUCCUGCUUCUGUCUCUAGAAAGUGGAGGGGUUCAUAAAGUGCUGGAAGAGCCUGUUGAACAGCCCGUUUUUAUCAUUGCGGAGUAUCUGCCAUUUCCACGAGGGACGCACAUCACCAGCAUGCUUUUGGACGCUGCAGAGAAGCGUCUGUAUGUGAGUUCCAGUAAUGAAGUUGUUCAGAUUGACCUACAGACGUGCCAUAUAUACGGAAAUGAGUGUAACGAAUGCAGAUUAUCUCGAGACCCCUACUGUGGUUGGAACGGUUUGCACUGCACCUCUGCAGCAAAAAACCCAGUCCAGGAUAUCAAAGACUGCACAGAUAUGCCUCAAGCCGCACCAUCAAAGACCGAGACGCCAGUGAUCCACAUCCCGCCUUCCUCAAAACACUUCCUACUCUGCCCGAUGACUUCACACCACGCCACGUACCACUGGGAACACGGUAGGACGCGUGAGGAGUGCGUUCACUCUGAGCAGGGCUGUUUGUAUCUCAUUAAAAGCAUGAACGAGACUCACGAAGGGACGUACAGAUGCAUGUUUUCAGAGGAAGGCUAUCAGAGGACGGUCGCACAAUACAAGCUCAGCAUGAGCCGCUCAGACGCACUCCGACUCACUCCUGCGCUGUUACCCAGCUUCUUACUUCUGCUCACAGCCUUUCACGUCCUGCUACUGAACUUGUACUUUUGAAAAGAUUCCUUGAAGUUGCCAUCCACAUCCUAUUUAAUAAUAUAACCAGUUUUUAUUUAUUAUUAUUGC